CAGCAGCCAGAUGUGCCGCUGAGGCGCGCGGCGGCCAUGAACGCGGCGGAGGCGGCGGGCGCCGGGCCCGAGGCGCGGCUGCGCCAGCUGGAGCGGCUGGUGCUGGGCGGCGCCGGCCGCUCCGACGGACACAUGUUCUCGGCCGAGACGCUGCUCGACGUGCUGGUCGUGCUGUUCGACGAGUGCGCCAACUCGAGCCUGCGCCGCGAGAAGACCGUCUCCGACUUCCUCGAGUUCGCGCGGCCGGUCGUACAGCGUGUGAAAUCCCUGCGACUAUGUCGGGACGCCUUCGAGAUUCUCAAAGUGAUAGGGCGUGGUGCCUUCGGCGAAGUGUGCGUGGUCAAGAUGCGCUCCACGGAAAAGGUGUACGCCAUGAAGAUCCUCAACAAGUGGGAGAUGCUGAAGCGGGUGGAGACAGCGUGCUUCCAGGAGGAGCGCGACGUGCUGGUGUACGGCGACCGGCGCUGGAUCACCGACCUGCACUACGCCUUCCAGGACGACAACAACCUGUACCUGGUGAUGGACUACUACUGCGGCGGCGACCUGCUGACGCUGCUGGCCAAGUUCGCCGACGGCAUCCCAGAGAGCAUGGCCAAGUUCUACAUCACCGAGAUGGUGCUGGCCAUCGACUCGAUCCACCGGCUGCGCUACGUGCACCGCGACAUCAAGCCGGACAACGUGCUGCUCGACGCCAACGGCCACAUCCGGCUGGCCGACUUCGGCUCCUGCCUGCGGCUCAGCGAGGACGGCACCGUGCAGAGCAACGUGGCUGUCGGCACGCCCGACUACAUCAGCCCCGAGAUACUGCGGGCGAUGGAGGACAACCAGGGCCGGUACGGACCGGAGUGCGACUGGUGGUCGCUGGGCGUCUGCAUGUACGAGAUGCUGUACGCCGAGACGCCCUUCUACGCCGAGAGCCUGGUGGAGACGUACGGCAAGAUUAUGAACCACAGCAACUGCCUGGACUUCCCGGCCGACGUGGAUGUCUCGGAGAACGCAAAGGACCUGCUGAAGCGGCUCAUCUGCUCCAAGGAGUUCCGGCUCGGACAGAACGGCAUCGACGACUUCAAGAACCACCCGUGGUUCUCCGACAUCGAGUGGGAGACGGUGCGCGACUCGACGGCGCCCUACGUGCCCGAGGUCAGCUCGCCCUACGACACGAGCAACUUCGACGUGGACGACCUAGACGUGCGCAGCUCGGAGACGCUGCCGCCGACCACCAACAACUUCUUCACGGCGCUCCACCUGCCGUUCGUCGGCUUCACGUUCACGCAGGGCAGCCGCAUCAGCGACAAGAGCUGCCUGAUGUCGAGCCUCUCGCCGGAGGAGGCCGACGUGGACGAGCUGUCGCGCGUGGCGUUCGAGCGGCGCAUCCACCGGCUGGAGCAGGACAACAAGGACCUCACGCGCCGGCUGGCAGAGCUGGACCAGCAGCUGAUGGGCGAGCGGCAGCAGACGGCCGACGUGUCGCUGCUGCGUCAGGAGCUUGACACGGCCGAGUCGGAGCACGACAGCCGGCGCCGAGAGCUCGAGCGCACGCUCAAGGUGAUCACGGCCGACCGGGACGGCGCGCAGAAGGAGCUGCUGGAGGCGCAGGAGAAGCUGAAGGGGCAGGGCCGUGAGCUCAGCGACGCGCUCGCCCAACGCAAGUUGGCCAUGUCCGAGUACGCCGAAGUCAGCGACAAACUGUCGGAGCUGCGCGCGCAGAAGCAGAAGCUGUCGCGCCAGGUGCGCGACAAGGAGGAGGAGGUGGAGACGUCGAUGCAGAAGCUGGACGCGCUGCGCCAGGACAUCCGGCGCGGCGAGAAGCUGCGCCGCGAGCUGGAGACGCGCUGCGAGCAGGCCGAGCAGGAGACGCUGAAGGAGCGCCGGCUGCGACAGCGCAACGAGGAGGCCAGCCGCACGCUGCACGAGGAGCUGGAGGCGUUGCGGCAGCGCAGCUGGGGACCGUCCGGCGCCGCGCCCGACUCCGGCGCGGAGCUGCAGAGGCUGAAGGCGGAGCUGGAGCGAGCGGAGCUGGAGUCGCGCGAGUCGGCCCACCAGCAGCAGAGCCGCUUCGCCAAGGAGAUGGCCGCGCUCAGCGAGCAGCUGACGGACGUGCGCACUGAGCGAGACUCGCUGCGUCAGGAGAUGUGCGCGCUGAAGGAGCGCCAGGAGCAGGUGCGCCACGAGGCGCUCAGCGACACGGACGAGGCGCUGGCCGACCUCAAGCGUCGACACGACCACGAGAAGCUCAUCCUGCAGGACGAGAACCAGAAGCUCAUCACCGACAUCGACCGGCUGUCGGAGACGCUAGCACGCCUGCAGACCGAGAAGCGACAGCGCGAGGACGAGUACGAGGAGCUGCGCGCCAAGAAGGAGUCCGUGGCCCAGUGGGAGGCGCAGAUCUCCGAGAUGAUCUCCUUUGUCAGCCAGGAGAAGGACGCGCGCAGCUACCUGCAGGCGCUGGCCUCCAAGAUGACCGAGGAGCUGGAGGUGCUCAAGCUGUCGGGCGUCUCGACGCCGGCCGCCGAGAAGAACUGGCGCAACCGGCGGUCGCAGAAGCUGGACAAGAUGGAGCUGCUGACCCUGCAGUCGUCGCUGCAGUCGGAGAUCCAGGCCAAGCAGUCUAUAUCGGGGGAGCUGAGCCAGUGUCGCGCCGAGCUCAUCGCAGCGCAAAAGGCGGUGGGCGAGUACAAGCAGAGUGUGGACCAGCUGGCCCUGGAGAACCGGCGCAAGGACGACCAGCUGCGCGACCUGCAGCAGCGGCUGACCGCCGGCGACGGAUUCCUGGACCGGCCGCCGUCGCAGAUGUCGUUUCUAGAUCAGUUCCUGAAGGAGCCGCCGCUGCGCCGGUCGGCCGGCGCCGGCGGCAGCGGCAGCGUCGAGAGCGAGGAGGCCGACGUCGAGGACAACCGAGUGCCCAGCAUCGCUUCCUCAAAGUCCGAAUACAGCAUGGACCAGAGCCCGGCGCACGAGCCGCGCCCUGCGGCCGGCGGCCAGGCGCAACCGCAGCUGGCGCCCAAAUACAAGUUCCAUCAGUUCCGCGUGCGCACGUUCAGCUCGCCGCUCAAGUGUAACCACUGCACCAGUCUGAUGGUGGGUCUGACGCGCCAGGGCGUGGUGUGCGAGGUGUGCGGCUUCUUCUGCCACAUCGGCUGCAAGGAGAAGGUGCCCGCCAUCUGCCCGGUGCCGGCCGACCAGACCAAACGGCCCUUGGGCAUUGACCCCACCCGGGGCAUAGGUACCGCCUACGAGGGCUAUGUCAAGGUGCCCAAGCCAGGAGGAGUCAAGAAGGGCUGGAUGAGGCAGUUUGUGGUAGUCUGUGACUUCAAACUGUUCCUCUACGACAUCUCGCCAGAUAAGAACGCGCUGCCCAGCGUGUUCGUCUCCCAGGUGCUGGACAUGCGGGACGAAAACUUCGAGGUCACGCCCGUCAAGGACAACGAUGUGAUCCACGCCAACAAACGCGACCUGGCCUGCAUAUUCCGGAUCACCACCUCCCUGAUGGACCCACCGGGCUUGCGCAACCAUACGCUGAUGCUGGCCGACACGGAGACGGAGAAGACCAAGUGGGUGGUGGCGCUGAACGAGCUUCACCGGAUCCUGAGGCGUAACAAGCUGCCGGACCGGGCGGUGUACCGAGCGCGGCAGCUGCUGGACCCUGCGCUGACGCUGAUCAAGUCGGCCAUGUCGGCGGCCGUCAUCGACCCCGACCGGCUGGUGGUCGGCACCGAUGAGGCGCUCUACUGCGUCGACCUCGACAGGGAGGAGAUCGCUCGCGUGGGCGACGGCAAGAAGAUCUGGCAGCUGGAGUACCUGUCGGACGAGCAGCUGAUGGUGGUGCUGGCCGGCAAGCAGCGCCAGCUCCGGCUGGUGCCCGUCCGCGCCUUGGACGCCGACGACGUGGAGUGGACCAAGGUUUCCGACACCAAAGGCUGCAUCACGUUCGCCACCGGCCUGCUGAAGCAGGGUCCGCAGCCGUCCUACUGCCUGUGCGUGGCUGUGAAGCGACAGGUGAUCAUCUACGAGAUCAACCGGAACAAGGGCCGGCACCGGCGCGUGCGCGAGAUCCUGCUGCCGGCGCAGCCUCAGUGUGUGGACGUGCUGGCCGAGGGCCGGCUGGCGGUGGGCUUCCCGUCCGGCUUCACCAUCUACAGCCUGACGGGCGACCAGCACCCGCAGUCGCUGGUGCACCCGGACGGCCAGACGCUCGACUUCCUCGCCCACAACCCCGUGGACGCGCUCUGCUGCAUCCAGCUGCCCAGGGGAGAGUACCUGCUCGUGUUCUCCAGUCUGGCCGUGUACGUCGGCAUGGACGGCCGCAAGUCGCGCGAGCGCGAGAUCCUCUUCCCCGCCAUUCCGGUCGCCGUUGCGCACAGCGACGGCCAGCUCCUAGUCUACAGCGAGACGCAGGUGGACGUGUUCGAGGCCGGCUCUGGCGACUGGGUGCAGACGCUGAACCUGCGGCGGACGCGGCCGCUGGCGCGCCACGGCCUGCUCAGCCUGGCCACCGUCUCCGACCUGCCGCACGUCGUCUACCUGAGCCACAUCCACCGCCACCCGCAGCUGGUCAACGUCGAGCCGAGCGGGCCGGGCCGGCCGGCCGGCCGCGCCGCGCGCCGCCGCUUCUCGGUCCGGGAGCACGCCCGCACAUCGCGCGCCAGCGCCCACUCGGACCGAGACCGUCGCAGCAAGAUGAUCUCGCUGCCAUCCAACUUCAACCACGUGUCGCACAUGGGGCCCGGCGACGGCAUCCAGAUCCAGCGUCUGAUGGAUCUGCCCACCACGCUGGAGACGGCCGACCAGGCUCCCCCGGCCGCCGCCGCCGCCGCCGCCGCCGCCGCGGCUGUCGCCCAGCCGCAGGGCAUCCAGAGGGUGCGC